UAUUUAAGAGCAGAAUCAGUGAAGUAUUCAUUCAUAUUAUUAGUUGUUAUCAAUUGAAUGCUUGUAUUGAAGUAAUAUAUUUAUGUGUGAACUGAAUGUUAACACAAUAUUCAAUACAAUAUUGAAUACAGUGUUUGACAGUUGUAUUGCAUUUGAUAAGACAGACAAACCAAUAACAAACAACACUUGAUUUGUGUGACCAAUGCUGUGAUCAUUGCCAUCACUGGAUGUAUCAAUGGAUAACUCUCCAGAUGACAACAGAAGACCCGGAACCAGGGUCUUCAAAAAGAGCUCUCCCAACGGCAAAAUAACAGUAUAUUUAGGGAAAAGAGAUUUUGUCGAUCACUUAACACAUGUCGAUCCCAUUGAUGGAGUAGUAUUAAUAGAUCCGGAUUAUAUAAAAGAUCGCAAAGUGUUUGGUCAUGUUUUGGCCGCAUUUCGGUACGGGAGAGAAGAUUUAGAUGUCUUAGGACUUACUUUUCGUAAAGAUCUCUACUUAGCGUCGGAACAAAUAUUUCCGGCAAAAGACGAACCAAAUUCAAUAAAAAGACAAUUAACUCGACUUCAAGAAAGACUUAUUAGGAAAUUAGGUUCAAAUGCUUUUCCAUUUUUCUUUGAGCUUCCUCCACAUUGUCCGGCAUCAGUUACAUUACAACCGGCACCGGGAGAUACAGGGAAGCCAUGUGGUGUUGACUAUGAAUUAAAGGCAUAUGUAGCUGAAAAUGUGGAUGAAAAACCACAUAAGAGGAGUUCUGUACGAUUAGCCAUCAGGAAAGUGGUGUACGCGCCCUCCAAACAGGGAGAACAGCCCAGUGUUGAAGUUAGCAAAGAGUUUAUGAUGUCUCCCAAUAAGUUGCAUUUAGAGGCAUCACUGGACAAGGAGUUGUAUCAUCACGGAGAAAAUAUAGCCGUCAAUGUCCACAUUGCUAACAGUUCCAACAGAACAGUUAAAAAAGUCAAAAUAUCUGUUCGUCAGUUUGCAGACAUUUGCUUGUUUUCAACGGCUCAAUACAAGUGCACAGUUGCUGAAGUCGAGAGCGAAGAUGGUUGUCCAAUAAGCCCAGGUUUUACAUUAUCUAAAGUAUAUUACUUGAGGCCACUCUUAGCAAAUAAUAAAGACAAACGCGGCCUUGCUUUAGAUGGUCAGCUCAAACAUGAGGACACAAAUUUAGCCUCAUCUACAAUUGUAACAGAUCCAACUCAGAAGGAAAACUUAGGGAUUAUAGUACAAUACAAGGUUAAAGUAAAACUAUGUUUGGGUCCAUUGGGUGGGGAUGUGGUCGCAGAACUUCCGUUUGUUUUGAUGCAUCCGAAACCCGAAGAAAAUGAUUUUAAUUCAAUGCCAUUUGAUGUCAAUAAUGCCGACAAUGGCGAGUCUAAUGCUAAUAAUCCAAACGAAAAUGUGGUCAAUGAGGCAAACCUAAUACAAUUGGACGCAGAAGACACGGAUGAUAUUAUAUUUGAAGAUUUUGCGCGUUUAAGACUUAGAGGAGAGACUGAGGCCUAACUAUUUAAAUAUGAAAUAAUAAAACAUCAACUGUUUGUUUACUGGAGAUUGCAAUACAUUAUAAUUAAUGGUUUUGUCUGAUCCAAUGAAUCCCACGUCAAAUGUAUUUUCAUAUUGUAUAUCAAUUUCUUAGUUAUUUAUAGC